AUGGGGGUAGUUCUCCCCCCAGAUUUUGUUAGUGGUGAAACGUACAGUGUGAAAAUAGGGACGGAUAAGUAUGUGAAUGUGGUCAGCAAGAAUUUCCUGAGUUUCACAGUAGACCCGAAAUAUUUGUUUUCGAGCAGCGAAAAGUAUGAAAGCAAAGAAUGCGUGUGCAUGGCAUCUUCGCUCGCCCCAGCUUACCUUCGCAUCGCAGGACCAUCCACUGCACACAUGACUUUCAAAAACUCUACCAUUACCAUAGACAAUAAUAAAUACCAAGAUAAACCAAAAAAACUGUUGUCCAACCUCCUUGGUAGAAAUAAAAAAAGACAAGCGGUAGAAAAAUUACAAGUGGCCAGUGAUCAAUGGAAAAGUUUUGCAAUGUGGGCAAAGGCAACAGGCUUCGAAAUAGUUUUCGCGCUGAACAAUGCGUUGAGAACGAGAUCGGGGACGUGGGACACGAAUUCGACUUUGGAUAUUUUAUCUGUGGCGGAAAAGGCGGGAAUCAGUAACAUUUUUUGGCAGCUGGGGUAUGAAUGCUCCAACCAGAGCAUAGACGACUACCUCAACGACUUGGAAACGCUGCGGGUAGUAUUGGAAUCUUUCCCGACGCGCGGCUGGCGCGUGAGCGGUGCUGACGUCACGGGCUGCUUACGUCCGGGUUCCAGAAGUGACUUUAAGGACUACGUCACUCUUGCGCUCGAUUCUUGUGAUGCUGUACUGCUUAAUGGAAACUCGUCUUCCCACGAACUAGAGCGCCUCUCCCCAUCUGACCGCUUGAGGCUUCUCAAGUUACUCCACGCCAGUAGCACUCCGCUCUGGCUCACAGAGAAACCGCAGGGCUCGGCGGAGCUGCAACGCGCCGCCGACUGGUUGGCCGGCCUCGGGUACUCAGCUAGGAACGGGUUCGCCGUACACUAUAGGGAGCUGAGUGAGGAGGAGCUGUAUAGACCGACUUUGAGCUUCUACAUGGCUCUCCUCUACAAAAACCUAGUCGGCGAGCGGGUUCUCUCAGUUGAACUGGAAUCAUCCCAGGCGCUUCUGUUCGCGCAUUGCACUGCUUUGCGAAGGCAGCCGGUGCCGGGGGCUGUUACCCUGUAUGGAGUGAACAUGGAUGAGGAACCAGCCAGGCUGUCACUAAAGCUAUCGCAACGGGAGGACGGCGGGGACAUCCUGCAGUUUAUACUGAGCCAGGAUGAGGACGGGAACAUCAUUGUGAAUGGCCGAAUUAUGUCUCAAGAGGGCGACAUUCGUCCAGUGGUGAAGCGAGUGCGUCCAUAUAAGACUCUACUCAUCAACUUACCGGCGAAAUCUAUCGGCUUUUGGGUUUUAGCCAACACUAAGAUAGAGGCUUGCAGGGAUUUCCAAGAUGGUGCAGGAAAACUGGUUGAAGCAGUUACGGUUGAAGUUGAUGUCAAUAAAGAUGUAGAGAAAGAUACAGAUUCUACAAACACUAGGAGGAAACGUUCAUUAUUAGAUAAUGAUCUGGACAACUUUGACGAGUAUAUGAAGUCUGAGAGUAAAGAAUGGAAUGACAGAGUCGAUGAUUUGAAUGACUAUUUGAAAGAAGUACACAGCAUUUUCAAAAGCAAACCUGUUUCAAAAACUAAGCGACAUGCUUAUGAAGACAACCAGACGACAACGAAAUUGAAGAGACAAUUGCUGAAAACAAGACAGCAAUUCAAACUGAAUGAUGAAGAACGUAGACCUGUUUUGAAUUUGAUUGAUAAUUUGCUAAAGAUCAGAAGAAAUGGAACUAAAUUCAUCAAUAAAAUUGGACAUGGUUUAAUGCUGCAUAGAAGCAAAAUGGGUAGCAAAAAUUAUAAAAUCACGGAAAACGGAUUCGAACCGCAAAAACAUAAACUAUCAAGAUCUAGAAGAAGUGUAAGCGAUAAAUAUGAAGACCUUUACAACCAAGAAGUAGUAAAAGAUAAUGAAAUUGAUAUCAAGGAUAAAGAAACCAGAAAAUUGUGGAAAGUGCUUCAUAGUAUCCAAAGUCAACUUAAGAAAAUGACGGAGGACAUCUCAGAAAAGUCUCAAGAUACAGGAAAAGAGGAUGAUUCCGAUCCAAAAGCAGAACAGGACAAGUUAGUAGUGAAAACAGAAAUAUCAGAAGAUAGUGCCAGCAUCAAAUUUAGUGAAAAACCUAACCAUGGUAUUCUGAAGGAAGCGUUCGGGAAAUUGUUUUCUGCUAUCACCGAGUUGAACACGAACUUGAACAGAUUCUGGGAAGCAUUCGACUUCUUCGAAUAGAUGGACAAGAUCUUCAAUGAAAGGUACUUUUGU